CGCACAUACACACACACUUGUAUCGGUGCCAGCGUGUCGCCGAGUACCUGCUCUCUGGCACCACUGCUCAUGUUUACCAAGUAUUUCAGUGUUUAUAAGACAGUUCGAUAAAAACCGAAGAUGGAGAGACACAACAAGAGUUUAUAAAUGGAACAGGAGGUGGAUCAAAGUGGAAAGGGCUGAAGGAUGGGCAGAGUCGUGCUGGUUACAGGAGGAGCUGGGUAUGUGGGGUCUCACACGGUUGUGGAGCUCCUGAAGGCGGACCACACCGUCAUCGUGGUGGAUAACUGUGUGAACGCAGCGAAGGCCACGGAAGGAGAUGGCCUCCCCCCGGCACUGGAGAGAGUUCAGAAGAUCACGGGCAAGACGCUGACCUUUCACGAGCUAUCGCUCCUGAAUCGUCAGGCUCUGGUCAAUGUGUUCUCAAAGUACAAAGUAGAUGUCGUGAUACAUCUGGCAGCACUGAAGGCUGUUGGAGAAUCGGUGGAGAAACCGCUGGCAUACUACGCUAACAAUAUUACGGGUACACUCAACUUACUAGAGGUGAUGAGUGAGGUCGGAGUCAAGAGUCUAAUCUUCUCGUCGUCUGCUACUGUGUACGGUGUCCCACAGUAUUUGCCCGCUGAUGAAAAGCACCCAACUGGAGUUGGGGUCACGAAUCCUUACGGCCAGACUAAAUAUGUGUGUGAGCAGAUCAUGAAGGACCUGGCCAUAGCAGAUAAGGACUGGCGUAUUGUGUUGCUGCGGUAUUUCAAUCCCGUUGGAUCUCAUGAGUCCGGUCUCAUAGGCGAAGACCCGAAUGGCAUUCCAAAUAAUUUAGUUCCCUACAUUUCCCAAGUUGCGAUAGGAAGGCGGCCCCACGUCAACGUUUUCGGCAAUGAUUAUAGCACACCUGAUGGGACAGGAGUCCGCGAUUAUAUACACGUUGUUGAUUUGGCUCUCGGACACGAAGUGGCUAUAGCCAAAAUCUUCCAGCCCGACUUCACGGGUGCCAAAGCUUACAACCUGGGGACGGGUAUGGGCAUUUCCGUUCUCGAGAUGAUCAACGCCUUCUCUAAGGCCUGCGGGAAGGAAAUACCUUACAAGAUAGUCGGCAGGAGAGAAGGAGAUGUGGCAACCGUUGUUGCGUCCUGUGCCUUAGCAGAGAAAGAACUGAACUGGAAAGCCACGAGGGGACUGGAUCAGAUGUGCGAAGACACGUGGCGUUGGCAGCGAUUGAACCCCAAUGGAUUCUCCUAGAAAAAAUAAGAAGAGAGAUUCAUUUCAGCUCAACAUAUCGUCAAGCUUUAUAAUGAGAUGCAACUCAGUCACACCUUAGUCCUUCUUUGGCCUUUAGAGACUUAUUUUUUUCGGAAUUUACAGAGUGCAACACUCGACCGAGCAUCUCUAUUCCAGAGUGCAUGUCCCAGAGACUUAUUCUAGUGGGGUCCACAUUAAAGGGAUGUGGUGAACAUUCAGCCUUUUGUCAUGCAGUCAUUCCAAUAUGCACUUUCAAAAAGUCUCAUAUUUCUUCUCUUUUGAUCUGGUAUUCUGCAUUGCAAGCAUUUGCUAUAACUUUUAUAAUGAAGACAAACAUACAGGUGGUGUCACUCCCAGAUAAAUACAUGAUGGAGUUCCCUUCAUACACUGCAAAUGAAAACUAUUUUGAUACAUUACCACGAAGUAGCAGAAAGAAAAUAUACAUAGUGCCAAAUGAGACAAAUAAUUAACAUGCAAUGACUAUUUUCGAAGACGAAUCUUGAUUAAGGAUGAGCCUUGAGAGGAAUCUAUUAUUUAUCAAAUAUUGUUAGCAAAGAUUUCAUAAUUGUUUUGCAAACCACAUACAUAUAAUCUUCAUGUUCAGGUUCUGACAAAUUUUAAUUUUUCAUUUAUCAGAAUGUAUUGCAUUUUAAGGUCUACGUUGAUUUUGGAGUCGAGUUGGGGAUCCAUACAUUUAAAACUUUUACCACUGAGGUAUUUUAGAGAAAAAGAAAAUAAAAUUUCAUUUUGUAUGGCCAUCUGCACAAACAUAUUAGGCAGCACAUUAAUUUGAAGGAAGUGUCCACGAUAUUGAGACCUUGGAAUCAUCUAAAACACCUCUCUUGUUUACGCUGGAGGUCCGAUAGUGUAUCCGAGGCUCCACCCCUUUUAGUCUCUUAACGUACUGAACGUAAUGUCAAUAACAACUAAAUGGUCAUUUUCUAACAACUUUUAUCAAACUGAUUUUUAUAAUUCUAAGACGCUGUGAGGACUGUAGUACAUUUUCUCUAAUGGCUGGCUUCUUUCCACAUUUUUUGCCAGUUGACAGAAGGGUAUUAUUACACGUGGGCAUUCUUCAGAUCUUAAUUGAAAUUAUAACGAAUCAAUCUGGGGAAACGUGAUAAAUUUAUCUGCGUUUGACUGAGGGUUAAUAUCACAUUUCCAUCAGGAAAAAAUGUUGGACCUGAGGUUUUACACUUAUAACUGAGAUAAUACAAUUCUUUUAGGCUGAAGGUGUCAAAUUAAAAUGUAAUGCUAUUUAUAAAGAAAUGGAUACCCAAAGACUUCUGUGUUGAAGGGGUUUUGUUAUGGAGAUUCAAGUAACAUCUUCAUGCAGAUGCCAAAAGAAGGCUGAACAAACUAUGUGGGACUGGAUUUUGGCGUCUUUUGUUGAAUAUAUUUAUUCAGAGGAAUAUAUAAAUGCCAAAUAUAACUUGAAAAUAACUAAUUCUCCUACGUUCACGGGGCAGGGUAAGAGUUGCUAUUAAAUGGAUAAGAAAGAAACUUUAUAAAAAUUAUGUCCUCCCUAGUUAAUCAUUUCAUGAAAAAAAUCAUCAAAAUCGAUUCAAUCAAACAUUAAACGUGGCACUUGAUGGAAGGUGCCAUGACGGAAGUUUUUUAUAAUUAUUUAUUGAAAUUACUACACAUACUAUACAUUGUGAUUUAUUUAAGAAAAUGUGGUCUAGAAUUUGCUACAUCAAUGAGGAAGCAUCUAGAGAGCUUCCCAAUGCACAACGAUGUUCCACGAUGUUAUCAAAAUGUUAAAAUUAGGAAAUAUUUUACGAAUUGAAUCUAAAAAAAGAUUACAAUAGCUGUUUGGCCAUACAUGUUUGAAAAGUGUCUUAUCAAUAAACUUGUUUUUGUUUA